UCUUGUUCCCUUGAUUGAAAUCACAGUUGUAUGGCUAAUAUUCUAUUGCUUCCACGUGUAAGUUCCUUAAUUUUCCCCACUCUGCAGACCAUCCAAUAAAACCAUUCAAAAAACUGAAUAAAUAAUUCCUGAAAUCCAAGGGAGGGGAAAUUUCCAUCAACCACACGGUCUCAUGAUCUCGUAAUGCCAACACCUAUAUAAUCACACUCAGAGCAACAAUCAAUUAACCUCCAUAGCCUCAGAAAACACAAGCAUUUGCCAAACCCGAUUACCCAUAAUGGCUCGGUUCCUUCUUCUGUGGUUGAUCUUAGCAGAUACUUGUGUUGUUCUAGCCAUGGCUCAUGAAAAAUCUCAGAACCCUAGUGUGGCUCCUAGUCCCUCCCAUGCCCAUGAACAAGGCACGGCCAGAGCACCUGUGAUAAGGAAGCUUGGCAGGCACCACUCCAGAUUGGUCAGGUCCGCCGGUGCACCGGCUUUCAGCCCAUCUCGAGCGCCUGGAAGCGAAGAGAAGAAGUAUUCAACGAAAGAGAUAGGUUCUUCUUCGGAUCAAACAGCUGCGAUUGAACCAAAGAAUGAAGAAAAUAGAAUAGUUGAGGGUGAGAAGGCGUUAGUGAAGAAGCAGCACCAUUCAACGGAUAAGUCGAUAGCCGGAGGUGGAGUCAUCCUUGGGGGCCUUGCCACCGCCUUCCUGGUGGCUGUUUUCUGUUACAUUCGCGCCACUGGAAGGAAAAAUUCCGAUACUACUGCCGAUCUUACUUAG